UGCGUCAGGGUAGUUCCAUAGCAACCGUAAAGAACAACAUGGCAAAAGCAACAACUAUUAAAGAGGCCCUGGUGAAAUGGGAGGAGAAAACAGGCGAAAAAGCGAGCGAGGCCACGGCAGUAAAGCUUUAUGGUCAGAUCCCCCCCGUUGAAAAAAUGGACGCAUCUCUCUCUAAUCUUACCAACUGCGAGAGAUUAUCCCUGUCUACAAACUGUAUUGAAAAAAUUGCCAAUUUGAAUGGUCUAAAGAACCUUAAGAUAUUGUCCUUGGGGCGGAAUUACAUCAAAAACCUUAAUGGACUUGAGGCAGUAGGUGAUACUCUGGAGGAGCUGUGGAUCUCUUAUAACCUCAUAGAAAAGCUGAAGGGAAUUCACGUCAUGAAAAAACUCAAAGUGUUAUAUAUGUCCAACAACUUGGUCAAGGAAUGGGGGGAGUUUCUGAAGAUGGCAGAUCUUCCAUCAUUGGUGGACCUUGUCUUUGUGGGAAACCCAUUAGAAGAAAAGUAUGCCGCUGAAGGCAACUGGAUAGAGGAGGCUACCAAGAGGCUUCCCAAACUUAAAAAGCUAGAUGGGAACCCUGUCAUCAAACAAGAAGAGGAGGAAGCUGAAGGAGAGAGUUAAUGCAAUUUUUUACACAUUUUAUUGUUCAAACACCAGCAUUUUUACUUUUAAAAGUCUGUGCAAUAUUUGCAUUUUAGGUGUAUUUAUUAAAAAUAAAGAUAAAAAGCUAAAUCAAUUUUCUAGAGCUUUAACACUAUUUGAAUAGAUCUGAAAAGCACACACUUGAACCAUGUUUUGUUAGCCUCGGCACAAGCAGAGAUACACAAUCAUAAUUUAUGGGUUGUGCAGAAGGACAUAUAGGAUGGUACUAAUUACACUAUAAUAAGAAAUGAUGCAUUUCAUUGUUACCUCAAUAAUUUUUCUACUUGAUCUAACCCUUAAAAAUCACUUUAUUAAUUUAAUAUAACUUAAUUCAGUCAUAUUGAAUCAUAUUUUUUACUUGAAUUACCAGUUAAUUCAUGUUACCACAUGAAGGACAUAUUAAAAGUUAAGAAAGUUAAUGACUAAACUUUUUGAUGUUGUGCUUUUCAGAGUGACCAAUGCUAAAAUGUAACGGUAAAAUACAAGCCAGUGAUAUUAAAGCAAGUACAAAACUGGAUGGAUACUAUCAAGGGUAUGACAGAGACUAUAACCUUUAACCUCUUUAAUAGUGGUGCUAUUCUUUAGUCUCUAUUAGAAAAAAAAAAUCUAUGUUUCUAUUAAUUUAUAUUCAUAAUGUUCAUUAAUGACUAUCAAAAUGACCACUUUUUUAAUAAUUACUGUAAGCAAAACUCCUAAUUAAUAGGCAUUAUUCUGUUAUCAUACAGUUUCAUUACCAAGUGUAUUGUUAACACAUUACAUUGUAUAUGUGGUACUUAUAACAAUUUGCACAAUGAGAGUAAUCGAACAGUUUGUAGCAUGUCUUGUGGCCAAAUAAAGGCACCAUAAUUAAUUUUGUAAUUAAAAAGUUAACAAUUUUAUGAAUGUGUUUAAAAUUUUAUAUUUACAAUUUUAAGCAUGUUUUAACAUUUUUUGACCCCUGUACAUGUUAACUGUUUUUGUUUACUGUUUCACAAUGAAAAAAUAAACUAUUUUG